CGCGUCAGUCGUUUUUUAGCCACUCGAAGCAAUUGUUCAAAAGCGGACCGAAUUUCAAGUGCGCAACUGGUUGAAUUUGUUUAGCAAGUGCACUUUUAUUUCGAGGAUUCGCUUUGAAGAUAUACUUUCUGCUUUUGUUAGGACUCAGUAUUUCUUUUAAUUUCAAGUGCGUGUGCGGUUGUGCGUGUGUAAUCCAUCUCUCUCGCACUGAGCGUGUAUAUGUGUGCGUGAGGCGAGCGCGUUUUAAAAAUAAAACGGCAAAUACAUAAUAAAAAAAUAUCGAAGAGCAACAGCGGCAGGCGUACCAAUACAAACAGACCGAUACCAACCAGCCGUGUGUGUUUACACAGUGUUGUGCGCUGGUGUUUGUGUACCAAAGUUUCCUCCUAACCAUACUAAGUCCAAACCAAAUCAGAAAUUCACGAUCUUUUUCGCAUGUAUGCGAAUGAAUUUUAUGGACGCCUCAGACUCAUUUGCCUGUGGAAGCCAGCUGGACAUUGAUUGGGCCAAGAGCCUCAUCAAAAAGUUCCAAAACAAAAACUGAAAGCGAACAAAAAUCAAAACCCCAAACGUUGCACUGAUCACCAUAUCCAUUCAGCUGACACAGCUAAGCAUCCAAAAUCACAAUACCAUCAUCAUAUACAUUGGGUAGAGAGCAAGAUUAUGAGCCUGUGGAAGCGCAUCUCCAGCCAUGGCGACUGCGAGCAGCGUAUGGCGGCUUACUACGAAGAGAAAGGUCUGCUCGAGCUGCGCCUCUGCUUGGCGCCCUGGAUCGAAGACAGGAUAAUGUCCGAACAGGUCACACCUAACUCCACUGACCAGUUGGAGCGCGUGGCCCUUAAGUUCAACGAAGAUCUGCAGCAGAAGCUUCUCUCUACACGCACCGCCAGCGACCAGGCCCUCAAGUUCCGGGUGGUGGAGCUCUGCGCUCUCAUUCAACGCACCUCCGCCGUCGAGCUGUACACGUAUCUGCGCAGCGGCCUACAAAAAGAGUUGCAGUUGGUCACUGAGAAGAGCGUGGCUGCCACAACAGGCCAAUCAAUGCCUCUCAAUCCCUACAGCAUGAACAACACACCCAUGGUUACCGGCUACAUGGAUCCCAGUGAUCUGAUGGCGGUAUCCAACAACUGCAAUCCAGCAGUGGUCCAGGGGAUUGGUGCUAUCCACAAUGUGCAAAAUGCAGGCGGUAUUGCUUCCCCCGCCCUUGGAAUGGUCACUCCCAAAGUGGAGCUGUAUGAGGUGCAGCACCAGAUUAUGCAGACACUCAAUGAAUUCGGCAACUGCGCUAACGCUCUCAAGCUGCUUGCCCAAAACUACAGCUACAUGCUGAACUCCACAUCCUCGCCGAACGCGGAGGCUGCCUACAGAAGUCUGAUCGAUGAAAAGGCUGCUAUUGUUAUCACAAUGCGGCGCAGCUUUAUGUACUACGAGUCGCUGAAUGAGAUGGUCAUACACGAGUUGAAAAACUGGCGCCACCAACAAGCGCAAGCAGGAAACGGAGCUCCAUUCAAUGAAGGCUCUCUGGAUGAUAUUCAGCGCUGCUUUGAGAUGCUCGAGACUUUUAUCGCGCACAUGUUGGCUGCCGUUAAGGAGCUUAUGCGUGUACGUCUGGUCACUGAAGAGCCAGAGUUGACACACCUCCUUGAGCAGGUGCAAAACGCUCAAAAGAACUUGGUCUGCUCGGCAUUUAUCGUGGACAAGCAGCCUCCGCAGGUGAUGAAGACCAACACACGCUUUGCGGCCUCCGUGCGCUGGCUAAUCGGGUCUCAGCUGGGCAUCCAUAACAAUCCGCCCACAGUCGAAUGCAUCAUCAUGUCAGAGAUCCAAUCGCAGCGGUUUGUUACGCGCAACACACAGGUUGACAACAGUAGCUUGUCCGGCCAAUCAUCGGGCGAAAUACUGAAUGCAUCUAGCACUAUGGAGUACCAGCAGAGUAACCAUGUUUUCUCUGCUAGUUUCCGCAACAUGCAACUGAAAAAGAUCAAGCGAGCCGAAAAGAAGGGAACCGAGAGCGUCAUGGACGAAAAGUUCGCUCUGUUCUUUUACACAACAACUACGGUGAAUGAUUUCCAAAUCCGGGUGUGGACCCUGUCACUGCCCGUGGUGGUGAUUGUGCACGGUAAUCAGGAGCCUCAGUCGUGGGCUACUAUUACUUGGGACAAUGCGUUUGCAGAGAUAGUUCGCGAUCCCUUCAUGAUUACCGAUCGCGUUACCUGGGCUCAGCUGUCCGUUGCGCUUAACAUCAAAUUCGGAUCCUGCACAGGCCGUUCUCUGACUAUUGAUAACCUGGAUUUCCUUUACGAGAAACUCCAGCGUGAGGAGCGCUCUGAGUACAUUACGUGGAACCAGUUCUGCAAGGAGCCCAUGCCCGAAAGGGCGUUCACCUUCUGGGAAUGGUUCUUUGCCAUCAUGAAACUCACCAAAGAUCACAUGUUGGGCAUGUGGAAGGCUGGCUGCAUCAUGGGCUUUAUCAACAAGGCCAAGGCUCAAGAUGAUCUGCUGCGUUCCGUCUAUGGUAUCGGCACCUUCCUGCUUCGCUUCUCUGACAGCGAGCUAGGUGGAGUCACCAUCGCCUACGUUAACGAAAAUGGACUGGUUACCAUGCUGGCGCCAUGGACUGCUCGUGACUUCCAGGUGCUGAACCUGGCCGAUCGUAUUCGCGAUCUGGAUGUGUUGUGCUGGCUGCAUCCCAGCGAUCGCAAUGCGAGUCCCGUGAAGAGGGACGUCGCCUUUGGCGAGUUCUAUUCGAAGCGUCAAGAACCUGAACCACUUGUUCUAGAUCCCGUGACAGGAUAUGUGAAGAGCACAUUGCACGUCCACGUUUGUAGCAAUGGGGACAAUGGAUCUACUAGUGGAACUCCGCAACAUCAUGGUGCGCAGGAAAGCAUGCAGUUGGGAAAUAUCUCGCCAUCAACUUUCUAUAGCCCAGCACGACCUGAGGAAUCAGAUUCCGAUGCUAGCGAUGCCGAGGUCCUAGAGAGAAUUGUGAAUUGUGCUGGGCCCAACGAUCCUGUGAUAAAUGAAAUCAGUAAUGCCUUAAUGAAGGUCACCUAUAGCCAGUACGUUUACAAUUAUUGAUCAUAAGCUGUGCCAUCGCCUUUUAUUCAGACUGAUGGCUGGGCAUUGGGCGCUAUUUGACUGUGCCACUUACCGAAAGUGGUGACUUCGGAAUGGCGGAUUUCGAUACGAUUACGAACUUUGAUAACUAUUGAAAAUAUAACUAUAACCACUAUAGAAGCCUAUGUAUAAACAAAAUCUGAUAAACACCUAAACGUGUGCCGCUACCUUGGAAGUCCGACGAUGAUGUUAAUGCCACCUCAACGAUUGCAACCAUCUGGCGCAUGACUCAUUGUGCUAUUCGAAAGUUUUAUUUAAUGUUAUCUAGAUGUAAUUAUUAGAUUUGGGAAUGCAUCGUAGUAGAAGGUUUUGAUUGCUUUUUGUGAAACGCCAAACCACAAGAACAACAUCUUCAACCACAACAACAACAACAACAAUAAGAUCUACCAGCGCAAUGCAUGCAUAUUGCGACACCUCAACACACAAAACACAACCAACAUUAGACACAGCCAGAACAUUGUCCCUAUCGUGAUUAUGUGAUUGUGUCUGACUUAUGCAGAAUUUAUUAGAAUUUCUGUGUUGUAUAAACUUUUGGAAUGUGUCCCCCGCAUGUUAUUCGUUUUAUAUUUUUAUAUAUAUCUUUAUAUAUAUAUAUAUAUAUAUAUAUAUGUAUACAUAUAAUUUGAUUUUUUGUACGAGUAUGACGAGUUCGUCUGUUUACGUUUAUGAUUAUGAUAAUGACGAGAGAAUAGGUUUAGUUAGUGAGUAACUAUUUGUUGAAUCUAAAUUUUUGAUUUUGAUUUUAAUUUUAAACGCCUAAUUUUAGAACUUUAUAAAUUUAAAAAUUACAUCGCUUGCUAAGAUUAUGUUAAACGAAAGAUGAAGAGAAAUCAACGAGAGCAGAAACGUAAGAAAUGUUGCGUUUAAUAUUUUAGUUCUAAUCUAAGUAACAAUGUGAAUUGCUUUAUGUAAAAACCCCUCCUUUAUUGGCUUCCAAAUGCUGAAAAUGCGCAAAAAUUUUAACCAUUCAAUGUAUAUUAAUUUUUUUUUACAACUUGUUUGUUUGAGUCAUCAGGGCAGAGUUUGCAAUGCAUUUCAAAUGCGACAAAUGCGAUUGCCUUUUUAGUCAGUUAUCAGAGACGCGAGGAGCACACAGUACGUUUUGUAUUUAAGCGCUCGUAAACAUAAUCAUUUAUGUAAACAACAACAACAAUAACAAUAAUAACACAACACUACACUUAGCUUUGUACGUGAACCUUAAGAAUUUUAUAAGACUUAAGUACACCCCCAAAAAAUAAAUAAACAAUUCAAUAAACAUUUGAAACACUUAAAUGCGAAUGGAAACGGAUUUCCUCUUUUUGUGUGUACUCACAGAAUUUGCGAAACCAAAUGUAAUAUCGUGUACGUACGUAAAGUUUUUAAUGUUUAAUUGUGAAAACUAUCGCACACAUACACACACACAUUCCCCAAAAAACUAUACACAGACACACGAGAAAAGCUCGCCAAAAACAAUUUUGAUAUUUGGAUACUAUUUGAAUGUCCUUGUGUACUCACUGUGUACUUGAAUUAAUUGUGUACAUUGUGUAAGUGUUUUAAAUGUAAUUUCAAACGCUAAUUGGGUGUGCAAUUUCUAAAAGUAAAGUGGGAAAUAACUAAAGAACUAUUCUUGUCAAAAUGGCCAAUAAAGAUUUGAUUUUAAACAUUUAA